AUGGUACAAACUAAGAAGUUCAGAGGUGUCAGGCAGCGACACUGGGGCUCAUGGGUCUCUGAGAUUCGUCACCCAUUAUUGAAAAGAAGGGUGUGGCUGGGAACUUUUCAGACAGCUGAAGAAGCAGCCAGAGCCUACGAUGAAGCAGCAGUUUUAAUGUGUGGUCGUAAUGCCAAAACAAACUUCCCAGUCUCCACAGAUCAACAAGGCUUGCCUUCGUUGCUCAGCGCCAAACUCCGCAAGUCCUGUAAAUCUCCAUCUCUCACUUGUCUCAGGCUUGACAAUGAGAAUUGCCAGAUCGGAGUAUGGCAAAAGACUGCAGGGCCACAGUCCAGUUCGAACUGGGUUAGGAUAGUCGAGCUCGGAGAGAAAUAUGCACAAGCAACACAGUCUAACUUGCCUGUCUCCGAGACACGUACCCCACAAGAGAAGAUGCCCGCCAAAGAAGGUCAUGGUGACGAUCGCGGUGACAGUGACUCAGAUGAGGAGAAGAGAGUUGCAUUGCAGAUGAUAGAGGAACUACUCAAUUGGAACUAAACUAGCUCAGUGAUUAGUUAGCUAGAUAGCUUCCAUUAUUAAUGCAUGUGAAAAUACUGUUCCAUUACAUUGUGUUUGUUUGCUCAAAGUUGGAGCCAAGUGCUUUAAGUUCCAAAGGAGUGCAUAUUAAUCUUAUCUACAUGUGUU